AACCCACUCUACCUCACAAUAACACAGCAACAUCAGCGAUCAAAAGCCAAGUGCGAUCCAUCUAGUAGCUUCUCUUGCUGACUGCAAAAGCCUGCAAACUUUCUCUAUCUAGCUUUGCUCCGUCGUGCACUAGCUUUUUGCUGCUGCGAGCCGAGCUGCCGAGGAAUUCAUUAAUGGCGACCAUGAUGGCCUUGAGCUCCUUCGCCGGCGCCGCCGCCGUCGGCCGCUCCGCCAACCGUUCUGCGCUGGCGCCCCGCCGCCGCUCCCUCGUCGUCAGGGCCCAGACCGAGCCGGAAAUGGACCCGACCAAGGAGACGACGACAAGCGCAUCGGCUUCCUCCCCGACCCCAAGCCCAAGCCCAGCGGCGCCCAAGCCCAAGGCGAAGGCGAGCCCGUCGGUGUGGGACGCGCUGGCGUUCAGCGGGCCGGCCCCGGAGCGGAUCAACGGGCGGCUGGCCAUGGUGGGCUUCGUGGCGGCGCUGUCCGUCGAGGCGGCCCGCGGCGGCGGGCUCCUGUCGCAGGCCGGCAGCGGCGCCGGGCUGGGCUGGUUCCUCACCACCACGGCGCUGCUCUCCGUGGCGUCGCUGGUGCCGCUGCUCCAAGGGCAGAGCGUGGAGAGCAAGUCCAGCGGCUUCUGGACCGCCGACGCCGAGCUCUGGAACGGCCGCUUCGCCAUGCUCGGCCUCGUCGCGCUCGCCGCCACCGAGGUCAUCACCGGCGCGCCCUUCGUCAACGUCUAGAUUAGUUAAGCUAGUCCGGCCCUUCGGUGCAUGUAUAUAUUGUGAGCGUUCGUGGGAUCGAUGUUUUGUUUUGGCAUACCCACGAAUGAAUCAAGUUUUCUCGUGUCUGCCCUGUGUGCGCAUGCAGCCCCGGAUGCAAGAUUUUUCAGGGUGUGUGUUGAGUAACUAAAAUGGAUUUUUGGUCUGAACAUAAGAGUUUAUACACUUGGAAUCAAAACAUACAAAUUGUUUUGUAAUCGA